UAAUCCACGAGUUUUAGGGCUAGGGUUGAGCUAUGGCGCACAGGCUGCUGCGCGAUCUGGAGGCCGAUGGGUGGGAGCGCUCGGACUUCCCGAUCAUCUGCGAGACGUGCCUGGGGGAUAAUCCCUAUGUUCGCAUGACCAAGGCGAAUUUCGACAAGGAGUGUAAGAUUUGCGCCAGGCCCUUCACCGUCUUUCGCUGGAAGGCCGGCCGCGACUCGCGAUACAAGAAGACUGAGAUUUGCCAGACGUGUAGCAAGCUCAAGAAUGUGUGCCAGGUCUGUGUGCUGGAUCUCGAGUAUGGGCUGCCCGUCCAGGCCCGGGAUAGCGCCCUGGGGGUCGACACCAACGAUGUCAUACCCAAGAGCGAUGUCAAUCGCGAGUACUUUGCGGAAGAACACGACCGCAAGGUGGAUCACGAGUCGUCCUUUGGUAAAGUCCGGCCGAAUGACAUGAUCCUCAAGCUCCAGAGGACGAGCCCAUACUACAAGCGCAACCGAGCACACAUUUGCAGCUUCUUUGUCCGCGGUGGAUGCCAAAGAGGUGAUGCUUGUCCCUACAGGCACGAGAUGCCAGUCACUGGCGAGCUCUCACAGCAAAACAUCAAGGACCGCUACUACGGGUUGAAUGAUCCCGUUGCUGCAAAGCUCCUGAAAAAGGCCGAGGAGAUGUCGACGCUCACUCCUCCCGACGAUACCACCGUGAGGACGCUCUACGUUGGUGGCCUCGACGAGAGAGUCACCACCGAGGAUCUCAAAGACAACUUCUACUCGUAUGGAGAGAUCGAAUCGCUCCGGCUCGUCCCGCAGAGGGCCUGCGCCUUCAUCACUUACACCACGCGUGAGGACGCCGAGAAAGCUGCCGAGGACCUCGCACACAAGCUCGUGGUGAACGGAGUCAGGCUCAAGCUCAUGUGGGGGAAGCCUCAAGCAGCAAAGUCGGACUUGAGCAGCGGUGGUGGAGCUCAGGAGGAGCAGAGCAACGAAGAUGGCGGAGCGGCGGAGCAGGAUGGCGGAGCGGCCUACUACCUGCCUCCUCCGGCGCCGCUCUCGGACAAUCCUUACUACCCUUCGAUGGAUCCGCAGAGGAUGGGAUCCGUGCCUUUCCGCAAAGACGAAGCGUCCAGCAGCAACAGUUUACUCCAGCUCCAGAAUGCGUACGAGUAUCCGGAGCCUCAGCCUGCGCCAGCGGCAGUAACAUCGCAGGAGCAGUACUACCACGAUCAGUACUAGCGUGUGGGUUUUCGUAAGAUCGGCUGGACUAAUGUUGUAACAACCUUGUUAUUCUCGAAAACAACUUGCGUAGAUUAAGAAA